ACAUGAUCAAUAUUCUCAAUAUCUAUUUUCGCUUUUAAUUCUGGGAGAAGGUAUAUUGCUGCCAUUUCAGAUCAGAACAUUUCAAUAGAGGGAAACAUUUCAAUUGAAAACACACUUUUCUUAUACUUCUCUUGCGGGAAAUCUUAUCGUGGUCCUAUAUAAAUUGUAUUAGUUACAUGACUGCGAAUCUUGAAUACUUCUUAUUUGACGAUGAGUGCUGAUCAAGGAAACAACGCAAGUGACGUCACUAGAUGGAUUUGGAUCCCUGUGGAGUGGCACUGGUGGGAAGUUCUCCAGAUAAUCCUUGCCAUCGCAGGCAUCAUCGGUAACUUCUUAGUAAUGUUGGUACUCUUUCGGGUCAGGCGGAAACUUUGUUCCACCGAUACUCUGAUCGCUGGCUUGGCUCUGGCUGACUUCUUAACCUCAAUCUUCAUCAUCCCUCAUCCUAGAGUGAAGAAGCUUCCUGAUACCAUAGCUGCUGAGAUCUACUGUCGGAUUGUUCAUUCUUCAGUACUCAUGUGGAUAUCCAUUUGCGCUUCCAUCUUCACCCUAACCGCCAUCUCUAUAGAGAGACUGACUGCUGUCAUACGUCCAGUUCAAUUCAAGAACAUAUUCACCCCUAAAAGAUCGCUCGUAAUAAUAGGAUAUAUUUGGUUUGCAGCUCUUCUUGUAAACAUCGUAGUCAUGUUCGUAGUCUACUACGAUGACGGUGCUUGUGUAUUCAGCUUUCCCUCGGUAUGGUUCCACAGAUUUACCGGUGUGAUGGUGUUCCUGAUUGAGUAUCUCAUUCCAGCAACCACCAUGGUCGUGGCACACGCUUUCAUGAUCUGGACUCUUUGGAAACGUCUCCGCAAAAAUGAUAAACAGAGAGAAGCCAAUCGUCGCAUCACGUUGAUGCUUCUCGUUGUCGUAGUCGUAUUCGUCAUUUGCUGGACUCCUGAUCAGAUCUUUUAUUUCGCUCUCAACAUCGGCCUCAUCGACGUAAGCUAUCUCUAUAGUCCACAGUACCGUUUCUACGUUGUCCUUGCCUUCAUCAACUCCUGCGCGAAUCCUAUUAUCUAUGCCACUCGGAACCCGAACUUCAGAAAGGCCCUCCGAGAACUUUGUGGAUCUACAGGACGUGUUGGUCGCAUCCAAAACAUAUUCGUUGAUUUCGAGACCAGAAGAAGUCAGACGGUCGACCGAACAACAACAGGAACAAAGAUUGACCUAUCAUCAAGUAAUAUGCUAUGAAAUAAAAACCAAUUCAUCGCGCUUUCAACGGUUCUGACUCGUACCUUGUAAUCAGAGGGUCGUUUAUUCGAAUUGCCCUCCACCCAAAUAUGUUACAUGUACAUCAUGGUCCUCAUACUCGCCGUCUCCGUCGUCAUCAUCAUCACAAUCAUUAUUUCCAUCAUCUGAUACUGCUGAAAUAAUAAUUUUAUAGAAAGUAAAUUUAAUGGACAAAAGACGCAUUCUCAUGAACAGGAAUAAAGAUACCAGUUUCUGAAUAACUUGAUAUAUACAAUUUAAAUUCCAUCUCUUCCAUCGAAAUUAAGAAAUAUUACCCAGCUUGAGAAAUUCAAAGUUCAUUUAAAACCCACCUCUUUCAGAAUGUUUGAUUUAGUCACUCGCGCAUAGAGACCUGUAGGUGUUAUGCGUAUUUAAGAAAUGUACUAUAUUAUUAUUAUCAAUAAAUUUAGAUGAUAAAAUACAAGAGGCUGGUAAUACGAAAAUUAUGGAAUAUGAGAAUGUUAUCAUAAGCUGGAGCGAUAACUCUCAUGAAAUCUUUGAUAAUUCAAAAAUUUGUGUAGAUAUUUGGCAUGUUUGGUAUUAUCAUAAUUCCGCCGAAACAGUUUUUUAUUGUUUUCAAAAUGAACUUUUUAGAAAUAUUUGUUUGGAGUAAUAAUAAAGAUCGCAUAACACGAAAAAUAUAUUACAAUGAUAUUUGUGACGAUAGCUUAAAAAAUGAUAAAAAUGCAGAAACUUUUUGUCAAUCACUGAAAAUAGCAUGGAUAAACAACAAAUUAUAAUAGACAAAUAAAAUGAUGGUAACGGGAUGAUGUUCUAUUAAACACGAAUGAAUUAGACGGUAAUUAUGUUUUGUAAUACUAUACAGGUGCAGACCAGGAUAAUUGAUUUUUGAAAAGACCUCCUGAUGGCCUCGUUACAGAUACUUCAACCCAGUUAAAUAUAAGGAUAUUUAAAUCAAUCACUAUGGAAUAACGGUCGUAUAAUAAUGGUAAAGCGAAUUAUUUUUAAACAAUGGUUUAAAGCAGGUAUUUCAUAUAAAAGAUAUGAUAAAGAAUAAUAUAUUGUUUUAAACUUUCAUGAACUUCAUGAUGACUUUGAAUUACCUAAAAAGUGUUAUU